AUGAAGGAAGCGAUUGUUACGAAGGACACGUCGGUCGACAUUGUCGAGUCUCCCGUCCCAACGCCGGGGCCUGGCUAUGUGCUGAUCAAGGUUAUCGUCGCCGGUUCCAACCCGAAGGAUUGGAAGGUCCCCCUCAUCUACGGUUCGGAUAUGAACACUGGUGAUGAUAUCGCUGGUAUUGUCGAAGCCGUGGGAGAGGACGUCGUCGGAUUCAGGAAAGGGGACCGCGUGGCUGCUUUCCACGAGAUGAUGGCCUCGCACGGGGCCUUCGCCGAGUACGCCCUUGCACCCUACUACACUACCUUCCACAUUCCCGACUCAACAACCUUUGAGGAGGCUGCCACGAUUCCUCUAGCGGCCUACACCUCCGUCUGCGCGCUCUUUCAAGAGCUCGAGUUACCAGAGCCCUGGUCGCCACGCUCUAAGGCCGCGGGCAAGGAGGGCACCAAGCGUCCUCUCCUCAUUUAUGGAGCCAGUACGGCCACGGGAGCGUUCGCUAUCAAGCUUGCAGCCGCCGCCAAUAUUCAUCCUAUCAUUGCGAUAGGCAGCAAGCGGAGCGAAUUUGUCAAGCCCUUCCUCGAUGAGAGCAAGGGAGACGUCCUUGUCGACUACACUGCUUAUUCGACUGGGGAGGAGCUGAUCCAAGCGACCCAGGAGGCCGUCAAGAAGGGAGGUGCUCCCGACGGCCGCUGCUGGAAGGCCUUUGAUAGCGUUUCCGAGGAUGACACGAUCAGGCUUGUCACUAAGGUCAUUGCUGGCCCGCCGGAUGCUGCUGGUCGGAGGCCAAAGAUGACCAACAUCAUGCUCAAAACCGAGGUCGAGGGUUCGGACCCGAGUGUUGAUAUUGUCUUCUCUAUGGUCGGUCAGGUUCACACCGAGAAUGAGAACGACAGGCUCAUUGGUGUGGCAUGGGGCGCAGCGUUUGCACGGGGUCUGCGUGAGGGUUGGCUCAAAGGUCAUCCUUACACGCUCGGCGAAAACGGUCUCGAGGGAUUGUCUGACGGCCUAAAGGGUCUUAAAGACGGAAAGAUUCGCGCACAGAAGUUCUUGACACGUCUCAGCGCGGCGCCAGGGGCAAGCGAUUGA